UAUCCCCAUUUUAAUGUGUAUUAAUAUUAUACAUCUAUAUAGAAUAAAGAAGAAAAAAGAAAAACCAUGAACAAGUUGGUGGGGGUGACACAAACCAUACCUCAAGGUAGGUGAUAUAUCCAUAUGGAGAGAUUUUUAGCUGUUCUUUUAAAGUUAGGACCACUUCUUCCUCAAAACUUCACAAAAAUCUCUAACUUUGAGAUAACACUAAAUCCAUCAACUUUACCUUCUUCAUGAUUAAGAAAAAAACAUACAUCUCUCAGUCUAGGACCAUAGAGACCAGGACCGGGACCAAUCAUGUUGUUGUGUUGGAUGAAACUCGGGUUUCGAGGUUAAUUCUGUACAGAUUUUGCUACAUGACUAGGGGUGUAAUCAUGUAACCUUUGCAAAGGCACUAGAUUCCAUGAUCUAAGAACUCAAUGUUAUUACGGUAUUAAGACAGCUACUAGAAAACUAAAAGAUGGGAGGAUUCUUGUGGUUCUUGGGUUGGUCACGUUACUCCGAAAGAAGAGAAAGGGAGAGAGAGAGCCAAAGUCUUUGUCAUCAAUGAAGUUUGGUUUUUGAUUGAUAAAAUUGGUCCCCCACUUUGGUAUAAAUUCCAGAACAUACCCAGAGAUAACAGAACCAAUAAAAGAAAAAGUUAUUUAGGCAAAAAGUGGUCACAGGAUUCUUCAGGCGGGUUUGGUUCUUUUUUUCAAACUACAACUAGCUUUUACCCGUUAAGACAACAUCUUCAUCUCCCUCCUAUUAAACACAACGACCUAACCAUAUUACAGCAGUAAGCUCUAGAUACAUAUCCCUUCAUUUUUUAUACAUCUUUUCAUAGUCUAGCCUAAGAAACCCGGUAAACUAAGAAAGCACAAAACUUCUUCAGAUUCUUGGAAUGAUGAGAUGGGGAAGAAAGAAACCUGUUUCUUCUUCUUCUUCUUCCGGGUUGUCUCGUGCUCUUCCUGUUUCUUGGUUUUCAAAGUUAAGUGGUUCUUCUGACUUGAAACCUGCAAAAGAGAAGAAGCAAGAUGAAAAAGCUAGCCAGAACAUAUCUGUAAAAACUUCCUUGAGUUCUACUACACGUCGAAGUGAUAUUCAUGAGAACAGCAAAAGGUUUCAAAGAGUAUCAGUAGAAAAGGAGAACUCUGCAACAAGAUCAGCAGAUAAAGAGUCGAAUGAGAAGUUUGAAGAGAUAAUGAGCAGUGUGAGGAAGAAAGUAAGAGAUUUCCAAAAAGAGACAUGUGGUUUUCUGGAAGUGGAGGCAAUGGAUAGAGACAACGGAACUGUGAUCCUGACGCCAAGAAUUCAGGUGAACAGAGAUAAACAGAGAUGUGAGAGACGUGACCAAAGGCUUCUUGAACAAAAGCCAAAGAGAUCAGAACAAGACGCGGGGGUCAAGGUGAAAAAACCAGCUAGAAGGACAGGUACAGGAGGUUACAGUAGAGAAGAUUCCGUGAUUCUUGGUCAUACCAUAACAAAACCGGCUCAUCAGUGGGAAAAGCUCAAGGAAGUCAAACUAAGAGAAGUGAAGCUGAAGGCUGACCAACAGAGGAAAUCUCUGUACCUAAAAAGGGAGCUAAACAGAAUAGGAACAAAAGAAAACAACAAAGUUAGAGUUUUUUCACCAAGAGCAUCUGAAAAAUGCAGAGUUAAAGCUAUUGAAGACUUGAAAAAGGCCAAACAGAGAGCACGGGAGCACGAGCUUCUGAUAGAAACAGCAGAUGGAGGAAUGGAGAACGAAAGCUUUGCAGUAGUGAAAUGCUCAAGUGAUCCUCAGAAGGAUUUUAGAGAUUCAAUGAUUGAGAUGAUUAUGGAGAAUGGUAUCAACCAUCCAGAAGAACUCAAAGAGCUUCUGGUUUGUUAUCUCAGACUCAAUACAGAUGAAUAUCAUGACAUGAUCAUCAGUGUGUUCCAGCAGGUGCAUAAUGAUUUUAAUUUUCAUUAAUUUUGGUGUAGAAUAGUAACAUAUAGAUUCAUCAGUAUGAUUUGUGGAUAGUUUAAGCUUUCUACGAUGUAACUUCAUGCUUCUUGGUAAUACUAAAACUGAUAACAAUUCUAUAAAAUUGACAGAAUAAGAUUAAUAUAGUUUCUGGAAAUUACCAAUUUUUAGUCGAUUCUUAG